CAAAUAACAGACACAAACAUGGCAAAACUUUUUGUAGUUUUUGCCGUUUUAGCCGUUGCAGUUACAGCUGCCUCGGCCACAAGCUAUGAUCGUGUCAAACGUCAAGCUAGCACCGAAGAACCCAAGAAAGAGGAAUCUUUCGAAAAGGAAUUGUGUAAAGACAAGGAUGCCGGUGAAUGGUUCCGUUUGGUAGCUGGUGAAGGUGAUAACUGUCGUGAUGUCAUCCAAUGUACCUCAUCGGGUCUCCAAGCUAUCCGUUGCCCAGCUGGUUUGUAUUUCGAUAUUGAAAAACAAACUUGCGAUUGGAAAGAUUCCGUCAAGAAUUGUAAAUCCAAGAACAAGGAACGUCGUGCCAAACCAAAUCUCCACACCGAUGAACCUGUGUGUAACGAUGGUUUCUUGGCUUGUGGUGAUGGCGCCUGUAUUGAACGUGGCUUGUUCUGUAACGGUGAAAGAGAUUGUAACGAUGGUUCUGAUGAAAACACUUGUGACAUUGAAAACGAUCCCAAUCGUGCUCCUCCCUGUGACCCCACUGUCUGUGUCUUGCCCGAUUGUUUCUGCUCUGAAGAUGGUACCGCCAUUCCCGGUGAUUUGCCCGCCAAGAAUGUUCCCAUGAUGAUCACCAUUACCUUCGAUGAUGCCAUCAACAACAACAACAUUGAAUUGUACAAGGAAAUCUUCAAGGGCCGCAAGAAUCCCAACGGUUGUGACAUCAAGGCUACCUUCUUCGUUUCGCACAAAUACACCAACUACUCGGCUGUUCAAGAAACCGCCCGCAAGGGUCAUGAAAUCGCUGUCCACUCCAUUACCCACAAUGACGAAGAACGUUUCUGGUCUAACGCCACCGUCGAUGACUGGGCCAAGGAAAUGGCUGGUAUGCGUAUCAUUGUCGAGAAAUUCUCCAACAUUACCGAUAACUCCGUCGUCGGUGUCCGUGCUCCCUACUUGCGUGUCGGUGGCAACAACCAAUUCACCAUGAUGGAAGAACAAGCCUUCUUGUACGAUUCCACAAUCACCGCUCCCUUGUCCAACCCUCCACUAUGGCCAUACACCAUGUACUUCCGUAUGCCUCAUCGCUGCCACGGUAACUUGCAAAACUGCCCCACCCGUUCUCACGCUGUCUGGGAAAUGGUCAUGAACGAAUUGGAUCGUCGUGAAGACCCCGCCAAUGACGAAUACUUGCCCGGUUGCGCUAUGGUUGAUUCCUGCUCCAACAUCUUGACUGGUGAUCAGUUCUACAACUUCUUGAACCACAACUUCGAUCGCCAUUACGAUCAGAAUCGUGCUCCUCUCGGUUUGUACUUCCACGCUGCCUGGUUAAAGAACAACCCCGAAUUCUUGGAUGCCUUCUUGUACUGGAUCGAUGAAAUCUUGGCCAACCACGAUGAUGUCUACUUCGUCACCAUGACCCAGGUCAUCCAAUGGAUGCAGAACCCACGCACUAUCAGUGAAGCCAAGAACUUCGAACCCUGGAGGGAGAAGUGCAGCGUUGAAGGCAAACCUGCCUGCUGGGUGCCCAACUCCUGCAAGUUGACUUCCAAGGAAAUUCCCGGAGAAACUGUUAACUUGCAAACCUGCGUAAGAUGCCCCAACAACUACCCAUGGGUCAACGAUCCUACCGGUGAUGGUUUCUUCUAAGUCAGUUAUAACUUAAAAAUUCAGCCAAGCCCCCCUCUACUAUAACUACUAAGCCACAUAAGACAUUUUCUCUAACUUAAACAAAC